AACGAGUACAGCACAGAUGAGAAGUGGUCACCAGACAAGUUUAUAUCGAUCUAUACAAAACAAUGACGACGACAUUGGUAUAUAAAUGUCGACAAUCCAGCGCAAACCGACAUUGCUCGUACCCCGAAUCAGAACCCCAUCCACAAUCACAAUGAUCCCCAAAACAGAAAAAGACAAUCAGAUCAUCGAAAAGGCCAAAAGCCUACAAGGUGUCUGCUGGGGCGAGGAGUAUGAGAAGAUGAUAUCGGGGAUACUAUAUAGUCCCCUCGCAUCAGAGCUCAUAGAGGGCCGCACCAAAGCGCGCUUCCUAAUGUCCGAGUUCAAUGCUCCUCCUCGAUCCGAUGUGCCGUUCUCUGAGACCGUUGCGCAAAGGGAGGCGACAUUAAGAAAUUUGUUUGGCCGCGCAGGAAGGGGGAUCUAUAUCGAGCCUCCUCUCUUUGUGGACUAUGGCUGUAACAUCAGUGUUGGAGAUGGCUUUUAUGCAAAUUUCAAAUUGGCCCGAAUGUAAACAUCAUCACUGGAGAGCAUGAGACCAAGAUUGAAGCGCGUCGUAAACAUCGAGGAAUGGAAUUUACAAGGGAAGUCAUUAUCGGUGAUGAUUGCUGGAUUGGAGCGAAUGUGACUAUUUUGGCUGGGGUGACUAUCGGAUCAGGGUGCUCUAUCGGUGCUGGCUCGGUGGUCAAGAGAGAUAUCCCGCCGUACAGUAUCGCUGUGGGAAGUCCUGCUCGAGUUAUU